UGUCUAUUUGAAUCAUUGAGGGUGACUUCACUUGCUGAACCGUGAUAUUACGUCCAUAUUUUGUAUUUUCAGACACAUAGUAGAAAUUCAUAUUCAUAUUUCGGCACUAAACUGUCAGUGGCAUAUGGAACGUGGGUUUGGCAAUUUUCUAUGUUUUUAUUCCGUUUUAUCUGUCGAGUAGUUAGCCAGUGUUUGAAAUAACAUCACAGAAAUGGCCACAGACGAGCUGUCAUCGAAGCUUAACCGUCGCCUCAAGAUUGAGGAGGGCGCAGAAAGUCCCGUUGCCCUGGAUGGGGCGCACGAAAACGGAGACCACGAGAAACCGGCCACAGCGAAUGCCGACUCCGAGUUGGGAGCUAAGCUGAUGCGUCGUGGGGAGUUGAACGAAGGUGUGGGUGAACAACAGCAGCCCAGCAUGAAAGUCUUCAACCCUUAUACCGAGUUUAAGGAAUUCUCCCGAAAGCAAAUUAAAGACAUGGAGAAAAUGUUCAAGCAGUACGACUCUGAGAAGGACAACUUCAUUGACCUGUCAGAGCUCAAACUGAUGAUGGAGAAGCUUGGGGCUCCACAGACUCACUUAGGUCUGAAGAACAUGAUCAAAGAGGUGGACGAAGACUUAGAUGGCAAACUCAGCUUCAGAGAGUUCCUGCUGAUCUUCAGGAAGGCGGCGGCUGGCGAGCUGGCAGAGGACAGUGGACUCCACGUCCUGGCCCAGCUCUCAGAGAUCGACGUGUCCACAGAGGGAGUGAAAGGAGCAAAGUCAUUUUUCGAAGCCAAAGUACAAGCAAUCAACACGGCAAACCGCUUUGAGGCAGAGAUCCGGCAGGAGCAGGAGGAGAAGAAGAAACAGGCAGAGGAGAAGAAACAGAGACAAGCCGCCUUCAAGGAGCUGAAGUCUGCCUUCAAAUGAUCACCUGCCUAAGCCUCCCCCCGCCCGGCGGUCCACCCUCCUCUGUCUGUCUGUCCAUCUGUCUGUCUGUCUUACUGUCUGUCUGCUUGUCUGUACCUCCCUGUUUGGCCAAAUAAAAAGCACAUAGACAGAAGGUUUUAUGCAGAAAUGUAAAGGGUCUCUGAAGUUCAGGUUACCAUUCCUCCAAGACGCAUUAACGCAUCUAAGAUCCGUAUCAAUUGGAAUUGAACUCAUGAUAAUCUCAAACUACAUGAAUUAUGAACGAUGGCCUCUCUGUCAGACUGAAUUAGAAUACAAAAGCCUGUAUGUUUAUACACCGAUGUUUGUACAGUGGGUUGGAUAUGUACCAGUUUGUUCUUUUUUGUAGUACUGUUGUAUGUCACCUGUGAAAGGAGAGCUGUUGUUUCCAGUGGUUCUUUAUUGUUGUCAUCAAAUUUAACUUGAAUGCCUUGUCUGUUUUAGCUCACUGUAAUUUUGUCAUGUUGCAUCGAUACUUGGGGUGAAUUAAACUUUAAAUGUACCGCUCUUAAGAAAAAAUAUAGCAUUUUGAAUUACUGUGUUUUAGUAAUGUGAAUUAAUAGUGGCAUUUGGAAUUAGGUUAUAUCCAAUCCAUUGUAUUGACAUUGGUGACCUUGUGCAAAGUAUAUCUUAUUCCGUAACCUGGAAAUACUUUUUGGACAAAUCAGAGUUUUUUUUUUUCAUAUCCUUACCAACUACUUUACCAUCUCUGAUAACUAUGAGUGAAAAUGUAUUUGUGCAUGUUUAACUCAGAUCCCAUGUACCCAUGGAUGGCUCCAAAAUCUUCAGUGCUUAAAAGAUCCUGAUCUGUUUUUCUUUACUGUGUGUUGGAGGGCAGGAAUGGGAGUUGUUGUUUUUUUUUGGGGG